UUAGACAGAUUUAAGGAACCUCCGGCCUUCGGGCCAAUGUGUGAUCUUCUCUGGUCAGAUCCUCUAGAGGAUUUUGGCAACGAAAGUAACGCGGAACACUUCUCACACAAUUCCGUAAGAGGCUGCUCAUAUUUCUACAGCUACGCUGCCUGUUGCGACUUCCUUCAGAAUAAUAAUCUUCUAUCAAUAAUUAGGGCACACGAAGCACAAGAUGCGGGGUAUCGAAUGUACAGAAAGAGUCAAACGACCGGCUUCCCAUCCCUUAUCACAAUAUUCUCUGCACCAAAUUACUUGGACGUCUACAAUAACAAGGCGGCCGUCCUGAAAUAUGAGAACAACGUGAUGAACAUCCGCCAGUUCAACUGCUCGCCGCAUCCGUACUGGUUGCCCAACUUCAUGGACGUCUUCACGUGGUCCUUGCCGUUCGUCGGCGAGAAGGUCACCGAGAUGCUCGUCAACGUCCUCAACAUCUGCUCCGACGAUGAGCUGGUCUCCGACGGAGACGACGCACUCGAAGAAGAUGCGAAACAGGCAAAAAUAGUUAUUAAAAAACCUGCAGCUAAUCUUCGGAAAGAGGUUAUUCGCAAUAAGAUCAGGGCUAUUGGAAAAAUGGCUCGUGUGUUCUCUGUGUUGAGGGAGGAGAGUGAAUCUGUUCUGCAACUUAAGGGUCUCACCCCGACCGGGGCUUUACCGUUGGGAGCCCUCUCAGGCGGAAAGACUAGUCUUAAGAACGCAUUGCAAGGAUUCUCGCCGAAUCAUAAGAUCACGAGCUUCGCAGAGGCGAAGGGUUUGGACGCCAUAAACGAGCGGAUGCCGCCUAGGAAGGAUGCACCGUUGUCUCCGGUGGAUGAGAAGCCGCAGGACCUUAACCAUACCCAGUCUAAUGCGCACUCGUGAGCUACACCGAACCAGUAGAUCACGUCGUUAACCACAGGUUCUGACCCAAAACAAAAACA